GUGAUGUGGCACCUGUGACGUCAUUUCGACCGCGUUGGAGCCGCCGCGAAAACAGUGUGACGUGUGUAUGUGAAAGAGAGUGGCGAGCACACCUUCAUCUGAUAGAGAGAAAGAAGUGCACGAGAUAAAGAAAGAGAGAAUAAAGAGUAAAAAACGAGUCUUUAUACUUCGCUUGUGGAGGGUGUUGAGUGAAGCUGCAGUGAGAGAGUUUGUGAAGUAUAGAGAGAGAGAGACACGCGCUGUGCUAAAGGCUAACUGUUGAUUUAUCUCUUUCACACUUCUCGUCUUUGACUAAGUUAACGUUAACAUGGGUCUGACUAUUUCAAGCGUCUUUUCUCGACUCUUUGGAAAGAAACAGAUGAGAAUUCUCAUGGUUGGUCUGGAUGCUGCUGGGAAAACAACAAUUCUGUAUAAACUCAAACUGGGAGAAAUAGUCACAACUAUACCAACUAUAGGUUUUAAUGUUGAGACGGUGGAGUAUAAGAACAUAAGCUUCACUGUAUGGGAUGUCGGUGGUCAGGAUAAGAUCAGACCUCUAUGGAGACAUUACUUUCAGAAUACACAGGGUCUGAUCUUUGUUGUGGACAGUAAUGAUCGUGAGCGAACACAAGAAGCUGCAGAGGAGCUUCAGAAGAUGCUCCAGGAAGAUGAACUGAGAGACGCUGUUCUCCUUGUGUUUGCAAACAAACAGGAUUUACCCAACGCCAUGGCCAUCAGUGAGAUGACCGACAAACUCGGCCUGCAGACGCUCAGGAGCAGAACUUGGUACGUCCAGGCAACCUGUGCGACUCAAGGAACUGGUUUAUAUGAGGGAUUAGAUUGGCUUUCUGACCAGCUCUCAAAACGCUAAACUCAACCAGGACGCUCAUUUCUCAAAGGACAAGGAUAGCGGUUACCAAAAAUUCACACAGCAACGUCUUCAUUGGCAGUGCCUUGUAACUCAUUCCUGUUUUGAUUCUUCACUUGACUGACAUUUACUGCUCUCUUUCUUUUCAUUAUCAUUCCACUAAAGGUUUGUAGUCGUAUAAAUAUGAAAUGAUUGAAGAGCUUUUGCUCUGAUUUGCUCUCAUUGUACUACAGUACACAACAGAACAACUUUAUCUAGAAACCAAACUUGACCUUUCUGUUUUUAAGCAAUGAUAAAAAGUUUAAAUUAUUUUUUGCUCCCACAGCUCAGUUCAUUAUAUUUUCUUCUGUUAAUCGCAUGCAUCUAACAGAACAUUGUGCUUAUAGCAGCGAUCAGAUAGAUUGGCAACAGAUGAGGCGUUCAUUCACAUCAGUUUUGUAAAUAAGAAGUUUUUUAUGUUUGGAAUCGAAUCACAGUUGCCUUAAAUCAACCGUGUUUUACCACGUGAAUGUGUUUGCCUUUAUUUUCAUAUUAGCAUUGUUUCAAUUGAACAUGAACCAGUUGAGUAAAACAUCUCAUUUAUUCUCACAUAUGUUGAAUGAAUUUGUGCUAAUAUUCACCUGAUGUUCCCAGAUUUUAACUCUUAAUAUUACCAAACCUUUCAAAUAAAAGUCUGAACUAUA